UAACGGAUACAUUGUAUGUUAUAAAAAAAAGUUUACAUGUAUUUAAUCAUUUUUUUUUUUUUAUUGAAUUGCAAAUAAGAGUUACACUCCCAAUAUUUUAAGAAUAUUAUUCACCAUUAACACAACUCUAUAUUUCUAUUUUCAUUUGGUCCCUUAAAGUCUGUUAACUUACACGGGGAGUAAUAUUUUUCUCCAAAACUGACAUGAAACCCAUUGAGACCUUUUGCUUUUGCUCACCCCAAUAUUUUUUAAAUAAAACCCAAACAAUCUUUAUUACAAAUUAAUAAGUAACAUUUAAAUGACCUAUAAUUUUAUUUUUCCACAAAUUCAAGUUAGCAGCUACAGAUUUGUUGGUAACAUAGCGAAUCUGUGCUGAAAAAUUCUACUUACGUUUUUAUUUAAUACCACGUGGGCAUUUGCAAAUUAAGUAGAAUAGCAAGUCUGAAAUCUUUCCUGAUUAAAUUCUGUUUUCGCUUUAAAAUUGUUGAUUGAUAUUAUACUUGUGUCACUUUCACUUCUGGCCUUUUUAAAGCCGAAACUGAACAGGGUAUUUGUUCUCUUCAUUCCGUCAACAUCAUUGAUUUUUACGUUCAGGACUUGUUGUUAUCUUUCGGAACUUCUCGUCCGUGUUGUCACGAAUUGGGUAAAUCCGAGGCUUUCCGACUAUUGCAAUUGACGUAUUAUUUUCUACACCAACAGAAGACCAAUCAGGUGCCGGUAUUUACCUGAACUAAAUUUAGCGCAAGUAAACACGUUUUUACAUCCUAACGGCCGCGAUUUCUGAGUCUACUAAAGUUUGGAAGAUGUUUAAAAUUUUAUAAAAGUUUUUUUCAUUGGAUAUACAUUUUUGUCACUAAAGUAAACGGCACCUAAUGUUACUAUAGGCGGCGGAAAUCCGCCGGCUACCGGCUACUUUUGAAAGCCCUGUAUAUAUAUGAUGUAUUACUGUUAUAGCGAUGACUAAUAAUGUAAAAACCCAAGAAUCCAAGAAUUUCUCUAUCAAGAGAUUUCUCAGAAUAGGAACAUCAACUGGAUGAAGGUGUAAAUGUCAUCAUGGAAUUUAGAUAUGUAUUAGCUGUACUUAUUCUGGACAUAUGUCAUGUCGUCAAAGUUAGUGGCGAUUCAACUCUCAUAGAUGUAGAAUUUUGUAAAUAUUCCCAAACGACAAGAAAAGCAGUUGAAACAUGUCCGUCCGAUGAAAGAUCGUGGAAAGAAGCGGCGUCAAAAAUGAACUGUUCAGACCACGCUGAAAAUUGCGCCGGGAAAAUGGCGUACCACUGCUUGAUAAAUCCAUGGCAAAAUUUGACUGUUGAAGUAUGUGCACCUGAGACGCGAAUCCGUGCAGGUUUCUGUGCGGAGUACAAUAGGAGGGGUGGAAAAAUACAAGAAUUUUAUUCCAAAACAUGUAAAGGCUGUACUCAAAAUUAUCAAUCAACUGAAGCAUACAAAUAUCAAGAAUGCUAUGAAAAAGUAUAUCAAUUUACGCAACAGCAAAAACAGCCUCAGACGAAGCAGUCAAAUCAAUCCAAAAUAACUUCGUUAAAUGAAAAUCGAAAUGUACCUGUAUAUGAAGAUCGAAAUAUGUUUGAAUAUCGAAAUAUGCUUGAAGAUCGAUAUUUAUAUGAUCGAAAUGCGUCAAACAGAAACAAAUGCAACCUAAGAUAUAUCUCCAUUGUGGUAGUUCUACUGGUAAUCCUUUCUUUGUGAUAUGUGUACAGUGUAUGUAGAUGUAUGUGUAUUUAAAAUCUUAUUCUACAUGUAUAUAAUGUCAUGGGUUUAUAUUCAAGAAUAUGGAAUUGUGGAAAUCUGUAUCAAGAAUCUCACCUCUCAUUUUAGACGCCACAAGAUAUUUUAUUUGUAAUCAUAUUGCUAUAUUUACGUAUCAUCUCUCUACUGUGAACCAGGCAGUUACAUGCAUUAAACUAUAAGAACAACUGUUCUAAUUGUGUCCACAGUUGCCACCUUUUUGGACAUAAUUAGAACAGGACAAAUUGAUGAUAACCACUAUUGUUUGAAAUUAAAACCCAACAUAUGAAUGUGAAAUCAAAUGUAUACAUAUACAUAGAUUGUUUUUAGAAUCUUUAUAUAGGUCUACUAGUACACAAAUAUUAAAACAUAGUAUUACUUAUUUAGAAAAUUUAAAGAAGGUAGGAAAAUCAUUUUCUUUCAAUUAUUUUUCGCAUCUAUUAUAGAGAAUAAAAAUUAUCUGGUUUUGAUGACACAAAGCCUAAAUUUAGAAUCAAGUCUUUGAAUAUUACAGAAUUUCAAAAGAACGAUAACACUUUCCAUAAUAUGGAGGUUUGUGCCACCCUCCUGUGAUUUCACCAGAUUUACAAAAUCAAUGAAUCAUUUAGAUUCAGGCUUGAUAGGAACAUACAUUUUAUUGGAAUCUUUUCUAAUAUACAUUGUAAAAAAUGUCUAAGUUAUAUAUAAAUAAUAAUAAUCAAUGAUAUGUUUCAAAAUAUUGAAUCCAAAGACAAUAACUCUGUUUUUAUGGAUUUCUUUAUCAAGUCCAUUAUACGAUAGAUUUCCUUUAUUGUACUUACAUUUUGUAUAUUGUUUGUAAAGAAACAGUUUCAUGAAAUUGUUAUGAAAAUUAUUUUAUUCAUAACCAGUUUUUGUAAAAUUUUGAUAACGUUGUUGAAGGAAAAUCAAAACAUGUGAGUAUGGAGUUACCUAAUAUAAAGUUUACGUUUAUAUCUAUAUAUUAUAUGCCAGAAGAUCUGAAUUUCUGUUCUGCAAUUUCAGCCCAAAUCUCACUGAAAACGUUAUUUGUUUCUUAAACACACUGAUGGGUUGUAAUGCCUAGGGUUAUAUCUAACACAUGUAGUCUACAGAAAUGUGAUGAAAUAUAUUACAAUAGUUAGCUUUACCUUCUUGUUACAUGUGCAUUACAUGCUGUUGUAUUUGCUGUCCACAAAGUAUGAUUAAAAUAAGAAUUAUAUAAUUAGUGUAAAUGUGCUAAAACUACAUGUAAAUGGGACUUAGAUUCUUAACAGAAUUUUCUGAUGGCAGAUAUUAUAUUUAAUUAAUGAUUCUAGAUACACAAGAUAUACAAGGCAGAGCUCUAAUAAUUUUAUUUAUGCUACAAGAGCCAAAACAGAAUUUUUGUAUCAUUUCAGCAGCAAUUUUAUGGAACUCAUUACCAGAUUUUAUUAGAAAAUGCACUACUAGGACAUCUUUUAAAUCUGCCCAUAUUAAACAUUAUUUUGAAUCUCAAUAAUACUUGUGUGUUUAUUAUUUCUUAUCUGUAUGUAAAGUAACUGUGAUAUUUUCAUUUUUUAUUAUCUAUGUUCUCGAUAUGCAUACAUGUAUGUUAAAGACAGGACCACAAUGUAAACUAGUUUGUAUAACUAAUUGUGCAAUCCUGUAUAAAUAUUUAAAGGAUAUUAUUAUCAUUACCAAUUUUUUAAAAGCUAACUAUGAAACUUGAAACUCCCUUAUUACCUUAAAACUAGUUUGUACUGAUAUAUUAAACAGUCUCUAUUUUAUCGCAUUUGGGGGAUGAGGAGAGGCAUGUUUCUUUAUAAGAGUAUGAUAAUACCUAGAAACUCAUAACUAAUAAUGAGUAGGACUUCCGUUACACGGCUUGCCGUUUGUACUAAAAACCCAUGGAAACAUUUCUGAGAAAAUUCCUGGACAAAAAACGGAGAAACAAUAAUCGAAAUUUGAAUGGAAAUACUAAAACAAAAUUGACAACUGCCUUCAGCGAAGAAUUGAUUUUGUGCGCUCACGCAAGUGCAUUACUAUUCUUACUUAUGUGAAUAGAACCAGCAUGUUUCAAAUAGUUACUUUAGAUUCGGAAGGAAGGAAAGAUAAAGACCACACCCGUUAGAUAAUUGCUUGGAGUUGCAGUCAUCCUCUUCUACAGGGAAAUUAUUAAAAUAUACUAAAAAUAGAGUUUGUGUUUUCAAAAAAUCUUCUAACAAACACUAAGGCCACACAAUUCGAAAACUUAAAAAAAAAAAAAAAAAAAAAAAACCCGACCAGAUAAUCCAAAACUUGCAAAGCAUCUUUCAUGUAUUUGAAACUUUUAUUUCCCUUUUUAGUCUCAAAUGAGGCACAAAAGUACAAAUACAUGUAUAAAGAACAAGAAUAUAAGUAAAACUGAUGGAUGUCCCAUGAAAUACAUCUAAUCAAUGUACUUCAUAUGAGGAAUGACUGUUGAAAUAUUUGAAAUGAAGGGGUUUUUCAUAUAUUGAGCAAAGUUGACCUUUACAAAAUGACAUUGAGUGACCUUUGUCUGAAAGUAUUUUCCCUAUUACUUAUUUAUGUGAUAUUCGAUCAAUACCGGUUUAAAAACUGUUGAAAUAAAGUUCUCAUAUAAGGUAUAUGUUAUGAGUGACCUUGCCCUUUCCAAAAUGAGCCUGAACUGUUGAAGCAUUGUUAAAAUGAACUUUUUUGUUCAUACAUAACGUAUAUGUUCUGAGUGACCCUGAUCUUUACGAAAUGAACUUUGGUGACCUUUGAAAGCCAUUUGCCCAUUACUUUUUUUGUGUAAUUUAUCAUCAAUGCCUGUUCAAAAACUGUCAAAAUAAAGGACGUUUUACUUGUAUAAGGUAAAUGUUCUAAGGGACCUUAAGUGACCUCAACUUUCCAAAAUGACCUUGGUCCAAAACUCCCUGUUCCAAGUAAUAUCUGUGACCAGGGUUAGUUUUUAUGAAAGGUUUAAGAGAUGGCAAAUUUUCUAUCAAAAACUGUUGAAAGGAACUUUUUUGUUCUGAUUGACUUUGACCUUUCUAAAAUGACCUUAAAAGACCUUGGUUCUGAAGUCCUUGUCUCCAGGAACGAAGCUUAAAAAGCCCCCCCCCCCCCCCCCCGAUGAUGUAUGAACAUAAAAUAACACAUACAUGUAUAUAGUACCACAGUCAAGUUGCUAGUGGAAAUAAUACAUAUAUAUAGUAGCAUUGUCAGGUUGCUAGUGGAAAUAAUGCAUUUGUUUGAAUAUUGACAUAUAAUUUACAAAAUUUGGCCAAACCAAUAAGAGUAAAGAAAAUAUAUCAUGAGUAUGAAAUAAGUUUGGAAAACUUACAGUAUUACUACCUUUGUAAAUAUUUGCAGGUAAAACAAAUUAAAAAGUCUCAAUCAAGUAUGUACAUGUAGUAAAAUUUCAAACUUAAUUUGCAUUACAGAGAUUACAUAACCUAUCAGAUCUAUCUAUUCCAAAAAAAAAGUCACAUUCAACUGAAAAUCUGUGACUAACACAUCUAAACUUAUUUAAACUAUAAAGACGUCCCGUGGUAAUAAUGAAAUUUUGUGUGUAGACCCGGUUCGGCACAGACUUUGAUGUUGUUCAUCUAUCGUAAGUUAGCACUUUGUUAUUGUUACAAUUUUCUUUUAAUGAUUGUAAUUAUGAAAUUGUUUUCAUUUCUAUCUUGUCUUUGUUAGCAAAUUCAGAUGCUGUGUUAUCAAGGGUUAAUUCUGACCCAUAACAAUACUUAAUAAAAUGCGUUUGCCAUA